UCUACCGUAUUCGAUAAAAGGGUCAGACUAGACGAACCACACAACCCAAGAUGAACUCCAUGGCAGAAGGCAAGAAGCCUCAUGCUGUAUAUGUUCCGCUUCCAUUUCAAGGUCAUAUAAAGGCAAUGCUUAAAUUAGCAAAGCUCCUCCACCAUAGAGGUUUUCAUAUAACCUUUGUCAACACGGAGUACAUCCACAAGCAAUUUCUUAAAUCCCUUGGACCCAACUCGCUUGAUGGCUUGCCUGAUUUUCGAUACGAAACAAUCCCAGAUGGUCAUACAAUUAGUUCGGAUAAACGUACCCCAGAAGACAUAAUUUUGCUCUUUCAUUUCAUCAGGCAAAGUAUCUUACCUCCGUUUCUUAGCCUCGUCGAAAAAUUCAACACUGCAUUAACGUCCAAUGAUGUUAAUCCUCCAAUGACUUGCAUUGUUUCAUAUGGUUUCAUGUCAUUCACGACCCUUGCAGCUGAGAAACUUGGCAUUCCUAUAGCACUGUUCUUUACUUUUGCAGCAAGCAGCUUUAUGGGGUUUAUGCAGUACCCCGCUUUGGUGGAAAAGGGACUUGCACGACUCAAAGAUGAGAGUUAUUUCACAAAUGGAUUUCUAGACAAGGUAAUAGAUUGGAUUCUGGGAAUGAAAACUAUCCGUCUAAGGGACCUACCGACCCUCUUUCAAACUACAAAUCCCGACGAUAUCUACUUUAGACACAUCUUAGAAGCAGUGGACAGAGCUCAUAAAGCUUCAGCAGUUGUUGUUCAUACUUUUGAUGCACUGGAACAAGAUGUUUUGGCGGCUCUCUCAUCCAUACUUCCACAUGUUUACGUGGUUGGCCCUCUGCAAUUGCUUCUCGAUCAGAUACUAGAAGACCCUUUGAAGCCUAUGGGAUACAGCUUAUGGAAAGAAGAAACGGAGUGCCUUAAAUGGCUAAACGCCAAGGCGUCAAAUUCUGUUGUUUACGUGAAUUUUGGCAGCGCAUCGUUCAUUACACCAGAACAGUUUCUGGAGAUUGGUUGGGGACUUGCAAAUAGCAAGCUUACUUUCUUUUGGGUAAUUAGGCCUGACUUGGUCAUCGGUGAAUCCGCAAUUUUACCACCUGAGUUUGUGGAUGAAACUAAGGGAAGAAGUCUAAUAGCGAGUUGGUGCCCACAAGAGCAAGUACUUAACCACCCAUCGAUUGGAGGGUUUUUAACACACAGCGGUUGGAAUUCAACAAUUGAGAGUGUGUCUGCAGGAGUGCCUCUGUUAUGCUGCCCAUUCCAUUCUGAUCAGCAAACAAACUGUCAUUAUACUUGCAAAGAAUGGGGCAUUGGUAUGGAGAUGGAUAAGAAUGUGAAGAGAGAGGAAGUGAAGAAGCUUGUUAGAGAGUUAAUGGAGGGAGAGAAAGCUACGGGAAUGAGAACUAAGGCCAUGGAGUGGAAGAAACUUGCAGAAGAAGCCACCAGUCCACACGGUUCUUCAUCCGUAAACUUAAACAAUUUGGUGAAUCGAAUACAGCGAAGAGAAAAGUUGGACGUUAUCCAUAAGAAUGCGAUUAAUUAACCUGUUUUCAUCAAAGCUAGUAAAGAUGAUAUGACGUGAUACCAAAUGAUAGAAACAUUCAUCUACUAGUCCUGUUCAUUCAUUAUCAGCCUUGAACGAUACAGACAAAUGGAAUUGAAUGCGAUAGUGGUCCUCUGUCUUCUUCCUCACGCCAGAAAAAGAAUGAAUGUAUAAAGCAUUUGUUGAAUGCUUCUUGAGGCCCUGUUGAAAAUUAGUUUUAUUUUUAUUGUUAUUUUAUUGAUUUUUUUGUGGACCAUGAAUUAGUAUUCUUAACAGG